AUGCGAAUUGUCCGGUGGCUAGUGAUACUGGCACUAGCUAUUCCGGCCGUGCUGGCGCGAAGCUCAAAAAGCAUCGGAGUGACCGGAAACGUCAAAUGUGAUGGCCAGCCAGUAAGCAAUGCACAAGUGCAGCUCUAUUCCGAACGAGAUUGUAUUUUUUUCCAUUUAUCCGUUCUUGAAUGUAUUAAAAAUAUUACGAAGUGGUCAUUUCUGCAAAUCCGUCCUUCUGUUUGCCCAGGCGAUUGA